UUAAGAAAAGCCCCAAAUCGAGUUAGAGUUCAAAAUCAAAACCCAGAAGAAGAAAAAUGAAACCGUGAUUUUGAGUGAAAUCAAAGAAGGCUCCGAAGCUUCCCAGUCAAAAUGGGUGACACUGAAACCACAAUAAAACUUAUUAUCCACUUUGGAGGAACUGUGAACAGAGAAGGAGAAAAUUACACAUACAAUGGAGAAAUGGGUUGUAAGACAGUUCAUUGGAGAUUGUCUGAAAUUUUAUGGAAGAAUUCUGAUGACUUUUGUAUCAUGGAGGCAAAAAAUAGAGAAUCGAUUAGGUUCAUUUGGUACAAAGAGACAAAGAAGGAGAUGAAGUUUUUACAGUAUUUGUUUGACCCCACAAGUGACAUUGAUAUGGUUGACCUCCGUUUUCUAGGAAAGACAACAGGUGAGCUUGAUAUUUUUUACAAGAUUCAAUUAUUUAUCAAGAUCAGCACAUGGUAGAAGAUAAAAAGUAUAAGGAUUAUAGUAGUGAUGAUGAAGAAGUUGAUAGGCCAAAAGAGGAUGAAGAAGGCUUGGAAUCUGAAGAUGAAAGAUUUAACAAUGUGUCUGCUGAAGGAUAUGAGGCUGAAUUAGAUGAUGAUGGGGACAAAGAAAAUAUGGCUGGUAGAGAAGAGAGUGUGGCUGUGAGUAAUGAGAAUGUGGUUGGUGCAAGAGAAGAAACUUUGAUAGCUUUGAGUAAGAUAGUUGAUGAUGGAGAUGAUGUGGUUUUAGAUGCUGGAGAUGGUGGUGAUGAUGAAAGGUUUAAGUCACUAUUUGAGGAAGGUUCGAGAGCAACACCAGAUAAAGAAUCAUACAAAAAUCUUGAAGAACAAGAAGAGGAACAAAGAGAAGCUGAAGAUAGUGAGCAAGAGUGUGUUGUAGAGGAAGAUGCAGAAUAUCCAGAUACACCACUAGAGUCAGAUGAAGAAUGGGAACAAUGGGAUAACGAGAGAAGAGGGAAAGGGAGUAAAGAAAACACACAUGGGAAAGCUAAGUAUCAUGGUAGUCUAGAUAAAGAGCCAUACAUUUGGUUAUUUCAGAAGUUUCACAGUGGAUUAGAAUUUAAGGACCAGUUGUUGCGUUACUCUUUGAAAACGCAAUAUGAUGUGAAGAUGGCAAAGUCACAAGCAGACAUGAUUGCUGUAGUUUGUUGUGGUGAAAAGUGCAAGUUUAAGGUGCUUUGUUCUUAUGAGAAGCCUAUUAACAAGUGGAUGGUGAAGGUCUGUCACAUGAAUCACAACCACGGAAAAUCAAGUAGAGUUUCAAUGUUGAAACAAAGUGUGAUUGCAGGUUUGUUUAGAGAAGAGAUAAGAAGAAAUAUAAGCUUACAAGCAGCACACAUUAAAGAUGCAAUAAAAGCAAGGUAUAACAUUGUUGUUCCCAUCUCAAAGUGUUACAGGGGUAGACGCAUUGCUUUGAACACCAUUCUUGAAGCUCAAACAACCCAGUUUGGUAAACUGUGGGAUUAUGAGAAUGAACUACGCAAAAGACAUCCUCGUAUGACAACUGAUUUGUGCACUGUUAAUGUCAAUGAUAGAGAGAUGUUUGAUUGCUUCUACAUUUGCUUAGAAGAAUUCCGCAACACUUGGAAGACUUGUUGUAGACCGGUAAUUGGUUUAGAUGGAUGUUUUUUUAAAUGGGAGUUAAAUGGUGAUUUGCGUGCUGCUAUAGGUAGAGAUGCGGACAAUAGAAUGUAUCCAAUUGCUUGGGCAGUUGUCAGAGGUGAAAAUAAAGACACUUGGGGUUGGUUUGUUAAAAAGCUGAAGAUAGACCUUGGCUUGGAGAAUGGGGACAAUUUGACCAUAAUUUCUGAGAAACAAAAGGGUUUAGUGUUUGCCAUAGAGGCUGAACUUCCAAAUGCAUAGUAUAGGAUGUGUGGAAGACAUAUAUAUGCUAAUUGGAAGAAGCAAGG